AUGGAGAAUGUAGAUAUGCCGCCAUCAUCCACCCCGCAGUUGGCCGACGCCGAUCCCGAUCGGACAUCGGCCGCCAGUUCCAACGGGUCGAACGGUGAGGAGCAUCUUCGUCCAGAUAGUCCGACCGCUCUUGAGAAUCCCCAUCUCGUCGUGCGCCUAGUUCAGUGCCAACACUGCUCCCGACCUUUGCACACGCCGAUUCGGCUGCCAUGCGGCAACACUAUUUGUCGAUCCUGUCUGCCUCCAGUCCAUCCUCGCACGGGCAUUACCUACCCCGUCGCUGAAGGUCGUGACGAAGGCUUCACAUGCUACUGGGCAAGCACUGACAAUUGUGUUGGCGAGCACUGCCUGAAGGACUGCGGAGUUGACGUUGCUUUGAGCAAUAUACUCGGCGUCUUUCAAGAAGAACUCGGUGGCGUCUCCACUCAAAAUGUUGGGCAAGCAGACGCGACUGACUAUCGCGGACGCAAUGUCAGCUGGAAACUUGACCAGGAGAGCGGCGAUGCAGAGACCCUCCAGAGUGCCUGUAUUACUCGUCGAGGAUGGCUAUGUGGUCUGUAUCUACUUGCCUGGGAAGGCCGCCUUUCCAGCCAUGCGAUCGACGUGACCUAUGAGCUAUCGGAGGAGCUUGCUGAAGAACAAGCAUGCCAGCAGGACGACCAAAACCGCUAUGAAAGGCUCAAAGACAGAGUUCGCAGCGAGGUAGACUGUCAGGUGUGCUAUUCAUUGAUCUUGGACCCUCUCACCACCCCCUGCGGCCACACCUUUUGCCGAAGGUGCGUCGCUCGAAUUCUUGAUCACACCGAUCUGUGUCCGGUCUGUCGUCGGAAGGUGGGCACACCGGCUGCUGUUCGAUCGGAGCCAAUAAAUCGCACAAUCGCUCAGAUUAUCGACUAUUUCUUCCCGGACCACGUGGCAUCUCGACGACAGGCUGAUGCCGAGGAUGAAUCGGGCGGGGACCAUGAGAAGGACCUCCCUCUGUUCGUCUGUACACUGUCUUUUCCGACUAUGCCUACGUUCUUACACAUCUUUGAGCCGCGGUACCGGCUGAUGAUCCGGCGAGUUGUGGAAAGUGGUAGUAGCAAAUUCGGUAUGGUCAUGUAUAACAGACGGGGGGAGCCGCAAGGCGAUCUCGGUAGCACGAUUUUCAUGCAGUAUGGCACUGUGUUGCGUGUUGAGCGCUAUGAGUUACUGCCCGACGGACGCAGUCUGGUCAUCGCCACCGGUAUCUCGCGCUUCAAGAUCCUUGAGGCAGGUGAGCUGGACGGGUAUCUUGUUGCGAGGACAGAGCGGGUGGAUGACAUCUCUGUUGGCGAGGAAGAAAGACUGGAAGCCACAGAGACCACCAUUGCCGGGAUUGGGGAAGAUCCUUCGGGCCCGCAUGUUGCUGAAUCUCCCCUGGACUCUCUAUCUACACAGGAGCUUCUCGAGCUUUCUCGCGAGUUUGUUCGCACGCAGCGACUGGCCAGUGCGCCUUGGCUGCAACCGCGCGUCAUGCUCGCGUACGGACCUGUUCCGACCGAUGCAGCUCGCUUUCCAUGGUGGUUCGCUAGCAUCCUCCCCAUAGCCGAUGAGGAGAAGUACCCUCUGCUGUCGGCAGUCAGCGUCCGAGAACGACUGAAGAUAUCCGCUCGAUGGGCUCGGGAGCUGGGAUCCCGGGAUUGGUAUGACUUUUCGUGGCUCUUUGCCGUUCCUCUGUUUCUGAUCUGCCUUCUGCAUUUUGUCUUCAGGCCAUUCUCCACUCUUCUGAUUUCUGUAUUCAACAAUAUCUUCACGUCGCUCACCCCGAUCUCGUUUUCCAUCUCGCUCUCUAUCGGUGGUUCUCGGGCAUCGCCGGAAAGGGGUCCAGCUCAACGCGAGCACCAUACACCUUCCUCAACGGAAGCCGCUCAUCAAACUUAUGUUUCACACAAAAUUGUCAUUGGGGCCUUCUUUGCCAUCUUCCUCGCUCAGCUGUGCGUCAACACUCUACAGUUGGUGCGAGGGGGGCGUCAGCGACGGCGAAGACCCUUGAUGGAUCUACAUCUCCCCCAGCCCCUUCCACCGAACAAUCGAGGUCGCAUUCGAGGUCCAUAA